AUGGGUAACGACGGUGGAAGUAUCCCUACCCGCCGCGAGCUCGUCCGCGAAGCAGCCCGUGCCCCGAGCACGGCGCAAGUAAAAGAGGCCCAGCGCGAACAGCAAGAACACUCCUGGACAACCUGCCCUCUGUCGCACAAGGCCCUAUCCCGACCAAUCGUCUCAGACUCGGUCGGGAACCUAUACAACAAAGACGCCGUCCUCCAGUUCCUGCUUCCCGGCGACGAUGGUGAGGGAAUUAGCUCCAAGGCCGACUGCGAAGAGAUCCUAUGCGGGCGAGUAAAGUCGCUCCGGGAUGUUGUCGAGCUGAAGUUUGAGGUUGAUACCGAGCGCACCGAGCACCCAUCAGACCGCGCCCAUGCUCCUCGCGAGCGUGGCGAGGGCUGGAUUUGCCCGAUUACCGCGAAGCCAUUGGGACCCGGUGUGAAAUCCGUGUACCUGGUGCCGUGCGGGCAUGUCUUCGCGGAGGAAGCCAUUCGACAGCUUAAGGGCGACAAGUGUUUGCAGUGCAACGAAUCUUAUGCUGAAGAGAAUAUCAUCCCCAUUCUUACCACUAAAGAAGACGAUAAGAAGCGUCUCAUUGAGCGAGGUCAUAAACUUGCCGAGCAGGGUCUUACACAUUCUCUUAAGAAAGCUCCCAGUUCCAAGAAGCGCAAGAAGCAUGCCACUGCUGAGGAUACCACAGAUGCUUCGAAACAGACAUCCGAUCUCAAAAGCCGGAGUAAUACAUCAACCCCGGUUCCCAACGGUGCUUCUGGUAACGGCAUCAAGAAUGCCGGUACUUCCUCUCUCACUGCCCGUGUAUUGGCAGAGGAGAAUGAGAAGAAGAAGCGCCGGAAGGGUAAUGAGAAUAUUGACAGUCUCUUUUCCAAGAAGGAUGGGGCGUCGAAGAACGGUGAUUUCAUGACUAGAGGAUUUUCUAUUCCUUCUUCUGCGCGGAGGUAG